UCCAAACAAAUAGGAUUAUGGAGCCUUGAAAUUAGACAGAAGCGGGCCAGCGAACACAGGUGAUUCUUUUAAUCCAUUUCGCUUGUAUACACCAGACGAGGAGAAAUGACAACUAGGGAAAGGUAGCAGGUGCUGGGACUCCUUCCAAGUGAUGCAUGGCUCGCGCAGUGCCAGAGACUUUUCACAAACGCCUGGGGAAAUUUGAAAGUUUCCUCAAGCGGGCACUGAAGGAUGAGAAAGCGGUAGAAAGGAUUCGGGCCUACGAAGCCUGCAUAGUUGUAUGGGAAAAGGAGAAAUAUGGCUUUAAAUUCAUGGUGCUCGGAGAUGAGUGUAUAUAUCUCACGGAAAAUCCGCCUAAAACCAUCCAAGAGGCCGUCCCUUUUAAAGAUGUAGUUAGCGUGGAACACGUGAAUGAUUAUCCUGACUUUCUGAGUGGGGAGCAGAGACUGAAUACACAGCAUAUAUCAGUCACAUUUAUGACACACGAACCACUGAAGGGCAAGAGAGGAAAAAAUGAUAAAUCCCCCCAUAGCUCUAUGCAGGAUAUCUCCCAAGGGGGCAACAAUAACAAUCCUCCCAUUAAAACUUCACUAUUUAAAUCCAUUUCCGAUGGUUUAUUCAGAAGAGCAAAGUCUCCACGAAGCGAGGAGGUACGAGAAGAGAGGUUGUCAUCGUCAUCUCCCGUCCAAAAGCCGACCUUCAGUACUAGUUUUGAUGAGGAUGUUCUAGACGCCAUGAAACAAGACGAUGAUUCUGAAGAUGAAGACAAAGAGCUUCACAGUAGUGGAGAAUUACACAUGUCCAAGUCCAUGCCAACUAUGCAAUUAAAGAAACUGAAGCUAGGGAGCAAUGACUUGAAAGAGCAGUUGAAAACAAAUCGUGUAAAUAGCCCCGUCCCUUCAUCAACCCGUCCUCUCCCUGCUCUACGCAAUACAGACUCUCCUGGCCCAGAUGGCAAUAAGAAGACAGGGCCUCUUUAUGAGAUUCAUAAUAAAGCGCCUGAAAGAAAGCGGUCAUUGGAGAGUGACCGCUCUGUUCCCAGUAGAAAGAGCAGUUCAAGAUCCAGUAAUUCAGAUACUGAGAAUUUGGGCUUAAUCCCAAAGAUAGACAUCUCAGAUGUUGAAGAUGAGGCGUUUGGUGAAAAACUUGACGAAGCCCGUGAGGCAGAGUUACACAUCUAUAUCCUGAAUCUCCAUUCCCCGAUGCUCAUGCUGAUCAAGAGUGCCUGGGAAAACCAUAAAAUGAGGGGGACUUUUCUGUUGGAUGAGAAUUACAGCCUGAAAACGAUGCCGUCUCCCAGGCGUUCUGCUAUGGACAGCGAAAAACUGGUGCUUCUGUUUGGUCAGUUAAAGCGAGAACUAUUCAGUGCCAAUUCUAUGGAGGAGGUGUUUAGACUAAUGCAAGAACUGAAGACAGCAACUGAGAAAAAUAUGGCUCUCAAGAAAUUCUUUUGGAAGUCCUCAGAUCUGUUUAACUUCAUCGUCCAUCAGCUCCAGAAGUACCUUCCCAAGUCUCCACACAGUAUGCAGGGAGACAAGGCGAGAACACAGAGAGCAGAUGAAUUUGAACUAGUUGUUCUUCUAGUGGACACAUUAGCGCUGAUGUUUCGAGAGACAGAGAUCUUACCCACCCGGCUGCAGUGUCUUAAGUCAGGCAAGGGAAAAGCUUCGGUGGACCUGAUGACGGUGCUGACCUGCCUGCCUGAGGUGCCACAGAAGUACAAGCCACCGUCCAGUAAAGCCGCCGCCCUGCUGAUGACAUCACAGGCAGACCAGUGGAAAUGUCUGGCCGAUGCUGAGAUUUCUCAGCUGGUGACAGAAUUCACGGACAUGGCUGCUGUGGUGCUGUUUGAACUAAUGGUCAUUGCCAAAAAUACACUUUGGAUGGACAUAGAGGCCAACUGGGAAGAUAAAGAAGAUGCUUUCUUCAACAUCAGCUGGAUGAUGAAAAUCCUAGAAAAAAUGAGGACCACAGAAAAGUUUAUUGAGAGGGUGACCACCUCCGCACUUCAUUAUAUUGCACCUUCAAAGCGAGUGGAGCUGACACCACAGGAAGCGGUGCUGGUGUUCCAGCAGUUCUAUGUGCUGCAAACAUUUAUCAAAUACAACGAACCCAUUGCCACUUACAUCAGAAAUAACUACACAGAGGAAUUCAAGUAUUUUGUCCAAGCACCAGUUAUAGCAGAGAAGCUACCCAAACACUACCCCAUCACUGAGUGGGCUGUGAGCCUCAUAGAACAGGUGACAUCACAUGUCUUAGAAAAGAAGGUCAGAUUGCAGUAGUUGAGAUAUUCAUACAGUCAUUUGUAGAAGCCAGAUUGUUGUUGUUGAGACUUGAAAGUACAGCCAUUUGAUAGAGAAGUCAAACUGCAGUUGUUGAAGCAGUGCACUCCAAAAAAAUACACACCGACAGUGUCAUCAGGGAAGAACAUGGCAGUAAUAUGGAGUUAGCCAAACCAUAGAACACAAACAAUCUUUUUGUAGAGCAUUUAAACUAACUAAUGGACACUGCCUGUAUUAGCUGAGCCUGAGAAUAAUUGAGAGAGAACAAUAUAUGGGAUCAGAAUGGAGUAGUGAGACCAGGCACAUUCCACUAAAACGGUGAAAUAAUCGAUGUGAAAAUGCAACCGUUUCAGUUGAGGUAAGGGGAAUUAUUAUUUGAGAGAAGAUUUUAAAGAAUUUGCUUGUAAAUCUGUUCACUGUUAGUAACUAUAAGCUAUGCAUUUACGAGUAAAUCAUGAUAUAAAAUUUAGUACUGCUAUGUGUGCACCAAACAAUAAAUAAGGGGUUGUGAAUGAAAUAUAUACAAUAUUGAAUACUUUAUACAAAGCUAUGGGUUGGAUUUUUCCCAGAUAUAUUGAAUUCACUCUUCAUUUUUUGCUUCAUACACCAGAAGUAUGUUUACAUUGGUUGUGACAUUUUUUUUAUAAACUCCAUAUACUUUUUUCAAUUUUCUUCUCUUGGUUGUGCUAGUCAUGACUGUGAUUCUCAACUAUAAAGGAAUUAUAGACUUAACCCUUAAAUGUACCAUGCUUACAACAUUAGUUUAAGUUUUACUCUAUUUGUUAAUAGUUUUAUUACAUCUGUUUUAGCAUCAGACAAAUUGUUAAUAAUAUCAAGUACCUGAGGAAAUUCAGUUGUCUGGUAGUGAAUCUAUUGGAGUUUGAUGUUUGAUUGUGUUGUAGACAGAAUUAGGUUUUUGUUUUGCCGAUGUUAUUUUCAUCUGACAUAAAUUGCCAUGCUGUCAUCACAUUGCCAUAGUUGUGACAUGUUACGAUCCUUAGAAAUAUUGAAAAUUGAAACUUCAUGGAAAUAUAUCUAAUAAUUAGUAACUGUGUAUGACAUGAUUUAACCACCAAGAUGAAAAGCCCUAGUUACUUUUAUACACCAUGUGGAAAUAUUCGUUUUUCAGGGUUAUUGAGUAUGUAAUGGAGCAUACUAUCCCUAUGAUCUUUAAAUCCGUCCUGCAUUUGAUUUCAAUUUCAUUUAAUUUAGAUACUAGACCAAAUAUCCUAUAAGGUCAAGUUACAUCCACAAACAUAUCUUUAUUUAGUAUUAAGUUUAUUAUGUUGCUUCAGUUUUGUGCUGAAACUCAAAAUAACUUUUUGUGUAGCAUUAGUUUCAUGUAUUUGUAUAUAAAUCAUUUAAUCAUUGUUAAUUGCUUUUACAUCAAUAUGUUGAUGACCGAUGUAGUAUUGAAAGACAUUGAUUUUAUCCUUUUACCUGUAAUCUUGGAUAUAUAUAUAUAUAUAUAUAUAUAUAUA